AUGGAGCUCCAGUGCCUUGCUAAGGAAAGCAGCCGGGCAGAGCUGUGUGGCAUCAGGGACUGGGGUGCAGAAGGACCUCCUGGGGACCAGAAAGAGGCAGCCGCCAGCAGAGCUGCUCUGUGCUGUCAGCAGUACUGCAAGUCUGUCCCCAGAGCAGCUGUAAUGGAAGGGUCUAGACCUCACCCUUCCCGGGACCCCCUCUCCCCCUCCCAGCAGGAUAGUAUUGCUCAGCUCUCCUUCUUCCCAGGACCUCCUGGGAACAGCCACGUGACAUCAGAACGGAAAGUCUGCCAGUGCUGCAGCCAUGAGGUAGAAACUUCUUUCACCUAUGUGGAUGAGAAUGUCAACCUGGAGCAGCGAGCCUGCUGGGCCCCUUCAGCAAAAGAGAAUAAUUGCCCUGGAGACCUUGGCUGGGGAAAUCCAAGUGAAUGGUCCCACGAGGCUGCCAUAUCCUUAAUAUCUGAAGAUGAAGACGACACAAGUUCAGAAGGCACCUCAUCAGGGAAGUCAGUGGACUAUGGUUUCAUUAGUGCCAUCUUGUUCUUAGUCACUGGCAUCUUGCUGGUGAUCAUCUCGUACAUCAUCCCACGGGAGGUAACUGUGGAUCCCAGCGCAGUGGCAGCCCGGGAGAUGGAGCGCCUGGAGAAGGAGAGUGCACGGCUGGGGGCUCACCUGGACCGCUGUGUGAUUGCAGGGCUCUGCCUCCUCACACUCGGGGGCGUCGUUCUGUCCUGCUUGCUGAUGAUGUCUGUGUGGAAAGGAGAGCUUUAUCGCCAAAGCCGAUUUGCCUCUUCCAAAGAGUCUGCACAACUCUAUGGUUCUUUCAGCUUCAGAAGGAAAAGCAGCACUAAGGAGAACACUCUGGAGCUGUCCUUGGUAGAGGAAGAUGCUCUUGUUGUACAGACUUAACUGACUGCACUUGUGAGAGUUUACCUUGACAUUUUAUAUGAAAACUUGUUUCCUAAAAUUAAUAGUGUGACUUACUUGCUAAGCAAAAUCAAUUUAUUUCACAGAUCAACAAGCAGCAAGUGGUUUCUUGUUCUCUUGAAUAUCUUCUCUUUAGAAGAAAAAUCAUGUAAAAUGCAUAAGAAGCCACACCUCAGUUUCUGAGAGCUGUAAACAGUCUGUAAUGGCCAUGAGCUUCUAUGUGUGUAGCAAAACGAUUCUAAUGACCCAAUAUACCAAUGAUUUCUUUUAGAAAACAAUGGUAUAGUAUGCUUUGAGUAGGCAGAAGUUGUACAUAUAAUGGGUUGUUUAGCAGUCUAUUCUGUGAGAAAUAAACUGGAGUCACGUAGCAAAGCACACAUUAAUUCUCAGAGGUGCUUAUCCAUUUUCUUGCUGGGUUUUUCAUGUUGCAGUUUGGCCAAAUAGUAAAAUACAGAUGUCUAGGUGUGGAUAUUUGAAACUUGAGAAUGUUGAUUAUUUUUUUAAAUGUUAUAUUUAAAAUGUUAUAUUUAAAUCAUUC